AUGAAAAAGAAAAAGAGCAAGCCUUUGUGCUCACCCACACUCGAGGAUGAGGAGCCUGACCCUUGCGAGCUCAGUCUUUCACUGCCCGAGACCCAGAGCAGAGAGGAUCAAGACACCAUCCUCGGGCUCAUUGCGAGGCUGACACGCGGCGAUGACUUCCAGGAGACCGAUCACCCGAUAAGUCUAAAUGAAAAAGACCCAAUCCUCAUCGAAAAAUUGCUGGAAUUUCUAUAUAUGGGAAAUUACACUACUCCAUGCCCUACAUAUUCCUCGGAAACUACACAGGCGGAUGAAGGAGACGUGCCUAACGUGGAUAGACAGCCCGCAGGAGAUUUAUCGCGGGAGCUCAAAGCAGAAAGCGGUGCCACUGAUGAAGCUGACGUGCAUAUUGGUGAAUGUUUUUAUAAAACGGUUACGGAAUCUCUGGAGAAAAAUCCAGGGAGACUGAUGCAUGCGCCACAGAUGAAUGAGAAAUCAUCUAUAAUUGAUGGGGGUUGCCCCGGGGACGCAACCGAGCAAGAGGAUGAAGGGCGUAUUACAGAUCCAGCCAUCGAUCCAUUAGUCAACUGUCAUCCGUGUUACUUUCAUGUGCGCAUAUAUGGCGAGGCGGACUACUUCAUGAUCAGCGACCUGAAAAGCAAAGCUGAAAAACAUUUCUGCGCAUCGUUCAUGAAUUCCCCGGAAAGGGAGUCCUUUGCAGAAAUCAUGGAGGAGGUUUAUUCGACACGAGCAAACUACCAGGAGCUGAGGCAAUUAGCAAUCAAAAUGAUAGUUGAUAAUCUGCCGCUCCUCCGAAAAAGACCCACGCCGGUGAUUAUGUCAGAACUGAUGAAGUCGGUCCCCGAUUUUACAUACGAUUUGUUGCAAGCUACUCUAGAUAAGUAUGUGGGUGAGUCGUCCGGCAUGGAAGAAAAUCAAUCUCAUGUUCGGUUCGGUUACUGA